AUGACUUCUCUGAAUGCCACCCGCCAGGGAUUCACUACAUUACCAUCCGUUGUUUCUACCAGUUCCCCUGAAUUCAUUUCUCGUGCGGAGGCUAUGGAUGCUCUUGUAUCGGGUCUUGAAGCGAAGCUGGCAGAGGGCAGGCUCGGUGGUGGUCAAGCGGCACUCGAGAAGAUGCGUUCCAAGGGAAAGAAGGUCCCACGGGAACGGCUUUCGUUACUUCUGGAUCCUGACGCUCCGUUUUUGGAGUUGAGCCCUUUAGCGGCACACGAGGUGUAUCCUGGCCAGAAUGUUCCCGGAGCAGGCCUCAUCACUGGAAUUGGGCGAAGUUCUGGGCGCGAAAUUAUGGUUAUUGUUAAUGACUGCACCGUCAAGGGAGGAAGUUACUUACCACUAACGGUCAAAAAGCAACUGAGAGCUCAGGAAAUAGCCCGCGAACAUGGUCUUCCUUGCAUCUACUUGGUUGAAUCUGGAGGCGCUUCCCUCCCUCAUCAAGCAGAGGCGAUGCUCAAUCUCGACUUGCCUAAACCUCCCCAACAGGUUUUCCCCGACAGAGAACACUUUGGAAGGAUAUUCUACAAUAUGGCGCAAAUGUCUGCCCUGAACAUUCCUCAAGUUGCCGUUGUCCAUGGAAUAUCCGUUGCAGGUGGUGCCUAUGUCCCUGCAAUGGCUGACGAGAACGUUAUCGUGGCAAAACAGGGGAGGAUCUUUCUGGCUGGCCCCCCUCUCGUCCGUGCAGCCACCGGUGAGCAAGUGGACGAUGAGACGCUCGGUGGGGGUCAGAUGCAUUCAUCUGAGAGUGGAGUGACGGACUAUCUCGCGAGGGACGAUGCCCAUGCCAUCGCAAUAGCUCGAACCAUCAUUAGUGACCUCGGUAGAGCGGGACCACGGCCAGCCAAGCCUCCCCAACCGCCUGAGGAUCCAUUAUAUCCAGCCUCUGAACUACACGGGAUUGUUGGCACAGAUUUGCGGCAGCAAUUUGAUAUGCGCGACGUCAUCGCUAGGAUCGUGGAUGGUAGCAAGUUCCGCGAAUUCAAGAAAGAAUACGGGCCUUCCAUCAUCACCGGUUUCGCCCAUAUACACGGGUAUCCAGUGGGCAUUAUUGGGAACAACGGGAUCUUAUUCUCGCCAAGUGCUCUGAAAGCAACUCAUUUCAUUGAGCUAUGUUCCCAGCGUAAAAUCCCCCUUCUCUUUCUUGUCAACGUGACAGGUUACAUGGUAGGGUCGCGAGCCGAGAAGGGAGGGAUAGCAAAGGAUGGUGCAAAGAUGGUUCGAGCGGUAGCCUGCGCUGAUGUGCCUAAGUUUACCGUUAUAGUUGGAGGAUCUUACGGAGCCGGGAACUAUGGUAUGGCCGGACGAGCAUACUCUCCCCGAUUCCUUUGGAUGUGGCCAAAUGCGAAAGUAUCUGUUAUGGGUUCUGCGCAAUUGUCCCAAGUGAUGUCUUCAGUAUCAAAGGAUCCUUCUCAACACGUGUCGUUGCAGGAGAAAAUCGAGGGUCAAUCCACAGCAUACUACGCAACUGCUCGUCUCUGGGAUGAUGGCAUCAUAAAGCCAACUGAAACUCGGGAUAUCCUUGGCUUAGCCCUUGGGCUCUCUGCUGCCUCCGCCGCCAAAGGUCAUCUGGAUAAGCUCUUCGCCGCAACAUGGGAUGGCAAUGGGCGCGGAAUGGGAGUGUUCAGGAUGUAG